UUCAUCUCCAGCCUUGUGGCCAAUGAUGAGUAAAGGUGUAUGGAACAUGGGGCCUUGGAAGUUCUGUAACUAAGACAUGGCAGUAACAACAGCCAAGACAAAAAGAAUGUUCCUUUCUUUCCCCUUCUAAGUUCUUAGUGAAGGGUUGAGCCCAGCAUCCCAGACUGGUGUGACUAGGUAAACAUUAGGAGACUAACUUCACUUGGGUACCCCCCCCCUUCAGAGGCUCAAGGUGGCUUCUUAGUAAACAGAGGCUAAGUAUCGAAGCUCCCCACUGUGCAAGCCCAACACCAUGGGGAAGGGAGACAACUCGGAAACGACAUCAGUUACCCCAGCCUAUCGCUCUGUCAUGGAGGAGUAUGGUUAUGAGGUGGGCAAGGUCAUUGGCCAUGGCUCCUAUGGAACUGUAUAUGAGGCUUACUACACAAAGCAGAAAGUCAUGGUGGCUGUGAAGAUCAUCUCAAAGAAGAAGGCCUCGGAUGACUAUCUUAACAAGUUCCUACCGCGUGAGAUACAGGUAAUGAAAGUCUUACGGCACAAGCACCUCAUCAACUUCUAUCAGGCCAUUGAGACCACAUCCCGAGUCUACAUCGUCCUGGAGCUGGCUCAGGGCGGUGAUGUCCUGGAGUGGAUCCAGCGAUAUGGGGCCUGCUCUGAGACCCUUGCUGGCAAGUGGUUCUCCCAGAUGGCCUUGGGCAUCGCCUACCUGCACAGCAAGGGCAUCGUGCACCGCCUGACCCCCAGCCUUUCUGCUGCUGGUAGGGACUUAAAGUUGGAGAACCUGUUGCUGGACAAGCGGGAGAACGUGAAGAUUUCGGACUUUGGCUUCGCCAAGAUGGUGACGUCUAACCAGCCUGUGCGUAGUAGCCCUUCCUACCGCCAAAUGAACCUCAGCCAGACCUACUGUGGCAGCUUUGCUUACGCCUGCCCAGAGAUCUUGCUAGGCUUGCCCUACAACCCUUUCCUGUCUGACACGUGGAGCAUGGGCGUCAUCCUCUACACUCUAGUGGUCGCACGGCUGCCUUUUGAUGACACCAAUCUCAAGAAGCUGCUGAGAGAGACUCAGAAGGAGGUCGCUUUCCCUCCUAACCUCACCGUCUCCCAGGAGUGCAAGAACCUGAUCCUCCAGAUGCUACGCCAAGCUACCAAGCGUGCCACCAUCCUGGAUGUCCUCAAGGACCCCUGGAUGCUCAAGUUUGAGCCUGAACAACCCACACAUGAAAUCAGGCUGCUAGAGGCCAUGAGUCAGCCCACCACCAGCACUACUAGUCAGCACCAAUCCUUGGAAAUCACAACUUGAAAGUGGCUGAGGCAGGAAGCUAAGGAGAAAAGCAGGAGGGUCUGGGGGGAAAUCUUUUAUAUAAAAAUAAAUCUGUUUCAUCAUAUAGGGUCAAAGACAUUUUUUCCUCAAGAGAGUCUUUUUUGUUUGGUU